CAUCAUCAAUAUUUAGGCGAGAGUGUGGGGAACAGGGAGAAGCUUCGCGAGACGCCGGGAAGCAAGGAUUUUGUGUGUUUGCCUCUGUUCAAAGAUUAAUCUGCGUUUCGCCUCUUACGCGAUUCAGAUUGAAGAAAGUGUUGAAUGAAAGAUAUGGAUAAUGUGCUGUGCUGAGAAGAGAGAUGAUGUGCUUCCUUGCAUCUCAAAGUCAAAAUAUGAAUGAGAGAUAGCUAAUAAAUUGAAUGCUGAGUUUAUUUAAUACUUGUUUAUAGCUAGUAAUUCGGAGUAGAGACUUGAUGUUAGGUGACCCUUGAUGCUAACCUUAACUAAUGUACUCAUUUCUUGACGGAGACCUGGUUUACUUAGAUUCUUUCUAUUCUAAGGCUUCAGUUGUUCCAUCAAAUUGUCAACUCAGGCAACCUUGAAAGUGAAAAACAAUGCCUUCAUUAUAGAUAAGUCUGAAUGUUGAUAUUGCAACCACAUCCUGAACUUUUACUCCAUCUUCUUCAGCGUUUUAAUAGAUGUGCUAGUAAGUGUCCGAAACAAGUCAAACAAGUUCAUUCCUUGUUAAUCACCCAUGGUUACCUUCUCAUCAGAGAUCUAUGGGUUAAUACUCUCCUAUAUAAUACUCUCAUCAGAACAUAUCUAAAUCUUUCUAGACCCCACACUAGCUUAAGCCUCUUCAGGGAGAUGCUUCACAGUCAAGCUGCUCCUAAUAGCUACACUUUCCCUUCUGUUCUAAAAGCCAUUGCUUCUCUCUCAAAAUCAUAUGGUACAUCGCGAAUAGGUUACUCCUUACAUGCACAAUGUGUUGAAAGAGGCCUACUAGAUGACCCAUUUGUCCGUACAUCAUUUCUCUCUCUUUAUUCACAAUUUGGUGAUAUAAGGAGUGCACAUAAGGUCUUUGAUGAGAUACCUCAACCAUGUAUCGUUUCAAAUAACGCGAUGCUUGAUGCAUUUGGAAAAGGUGGCAACAUGGAUUUGGCUAUUUCGAUGUUCUUUAGCAUGCCAAAGAGAGAUGUUUAUUCGUGGACAACUAUCAUCAAUGGCUAUGCACAAAAUGGGUGCUUUAUGGAGGCAAUUAGGUUUUUCAUAGAAAUGAUGAGAGAUGAGGAUGUAAUCCGUGGCCUUUUAAGGCCGAGCGAGGCCACUUUUGUAAGUGUCCUCUCUUCAUGUGCAAAUUCGGAUGAUGGCUUAGUGUUGUAUCAAGGGAAGCAAAUUCAUGGAUACAUGGUUAGGAUUGAGAAGGAGUUGAGUGUUUUUAGUGGAACAGCAUUGAUAUCAUUCUAUGGGAAAAUGGGCUGCUUAAGUUAUGCUUUUAAAGUGUUCAAUGGCAUGUCUGUGAAGAAGGUAUGUGCUUGGAAUGCUAUGCUAUGCUCACUGGCUUUAAAUGGCAGGGAAAGUCUGGCUCUGGAGAUGUUUGAGAAGAUGAAGAGCUUGGGGUUGUGCCCCAAUGAAGUUACAUUUGUAUGUGUCCUAUCAGCUUGUGCUCGUGCAAAACUCGUGGAGUUGGGCAUGGAAUUGUUUCAAGCAAUAUCUCGUGAUUUUUCCAUUACACCUACAAUGGAACAUUAUGGAUGUGUGGUCGAUCUCUUGGGCAGAGCUGGCCUUCUAAAAGAGGCAUACGAGUUUGUGAGAAGCAUGCCCUUUGAGGCUGAUGCCUCUGUCUUGGGUGCUCUUUUGGGUGCUUGUAGGGUUCAUGGGGAUGUCGAUUUGGGAAAUGAAGUAGGUCAACGGUUGCUUGAAUUGCAACCCAAUCAUUGUGGACGGUACGUGCUGUUGUCCAGCAUCUAUGCUGGGGCAGAGAUAUGGGACCAUGCUGCUGCCUUAAGGAAAGCAAUGGUGCAUGCUGGAAUUCGUAAGGUUCCAGCAAUCAGCGUGGCUGAUUAAAGUUAAAAUGUGGUUGUGGUUUUGCAUGCUGCUCUAUGCCCAAGAUUCUACGACUACUUCCAUUUACAUUGAGGGAUUAAUGAUCACCGAGAAGGAUGUGGGAGAAACAAGGAGUCUACGGAGAUAUUGCCGAAUUUUAGUAAUAUAUAUGAUUAACCAGCGUAUCAGCUAAAUAUGAUAGUGAAACUACAGCUGCUAGAAUUAACUCCUUUGCUUAAAAUCAGGUUGUCCUAGCUAAACAUUCUCAUACUUUUUUUAAAGGGAUAUUCACUUUUUGGUGCUAGCUUGACAUUUUAUACACUCAAAAUCUAUUUUCAUAAUUUGGAGCUAAGAAAACCUGCAAUGUUGUCAAAACUUCUAUAGAUAAGGGGAGAGAGAGAGAGAUGUCAGCUUAUGAAAAUGUUGUUACUGGCAAGCUGAGGCUGAAGGGUAAAGCUUUGGAUGUAAGGAACGCAGCAGGUAUCAGAAAGAAAA